CUGAUCUCCACUCGUGAGGCAUUUUUGUUAUGUCCUGUUAAUGUCAGCACCUGUAAAUGUACCUCCAGCGCCGUCGCCGCAGCUGUCGUCGUCGCCGCCGUAGUUGCCGUCGCCGGCGCCGCCGGAGCUGCAGCCGCCGCCGCCGCCGACGCAGCUGCCGCAGGCGCCGCAGACGGUGCCGCCGCCGCCGCUAAACGACCCUACACGUCACUGUCUAAAUCACUCACCUGUUUAUAUAUGUUUAGAUAUAACUCUUUGGUGUCAUAA